UUGCAAUAUUUUAAUUUCUGCGUCUUCUUCCUCUCUCUCUCUCUCUCUGCCAUGCACGGCCUCUGCAACUCAACACCCCUCUCUCUAUUUCAGCCCACCUUCCCCACCAGAAACCAUAGUCGGACUUCUAUUAACAAACUCCACAUCGUCAAAAUGGCCACCGAUUUCGAUCGCGCCGCCGAAUUGAAGCAAUUCGAUGAAACCAAAGCCGGCGUCAAAGGCCUUCUCGAUGCUGGCCUUAAUCAAAUCCCUCGCAUCUUCAUCCACCCGCCCGAAACUCUCUCCGACCUCAAACCAACCCCUAAAUCCUCCGGCGAAGCCGUUGUCAUUCCAACGAUCGACCUUGGCGGCCUCGACUCCCCUGAUCUCCGCCCCUCGAUCGUCGACCAGAUUCGAAACGCCUCAUCGACCUUCGGAUUCUUCCAAAUAAUCAACCAUGGAGUUCCGCAGAAAGUGCUCGAUGAUAUAAUCGAUUCGAUUAGGGCUUUUCACGAACUGCCAUCGGAGGCGAAAUCGCCGUACUACCAGAGGAACGUUGGGACCGGAGUGUCGUACUUGUCGAACAUUGAUCUGUUCAAAGCGAAGGCGGCGAGUUGGAGAGACACGCUUCAGAUAGGGAUAGGACCGGCGAAGGCCGCAGCGGCGGCGGAGAAUAUUCCAGAGGUCUGUAGGGCGGCGGUUGCGGAGUGGGCGUCGGAGACGGAGAGGUUAGGGUUUGUGUUGGAGGAGUUACUGUCUGAGGGAUUAGGGCUGAAAUCAGAGCGGCUUAAGGAGGCAACGUACGGAGAAAGGCGGAUGAUGGUAGGGCAUUACUAUCCGUACUGCCCGCAGCCGGAUCUGACGGUGGGGAUUAAAUCACACACGGAUCCUGGAGUUUUGACUGUGCUUCUGCAGGACCACAUCGGCGGUUUGCAGAUCCGGCACGGCGGCGGAUGGGUGGAUGUGGAGCCUGUCGCCGGUGCUCUUGUUAUUAACAUUGGCGAUUUGCUUCAGAUUGCAUCAAAUGACGUGUACAAGAGCGUGGAGCAUAGAGUCCUGGCGAAUGGGAAGCCAGAAGCACGGAUUUCGAUUGCAGUGUUCUACAACCCUGAAAUCAGAGACAACUUAUACGGACCACUCCCGGAGCUAAUCACACCGGAGACACCUGCAGUUUAUGGUGAAUUCACCUACGAUGAUUACAUAACAAGGUUCUUCAACAAGGAGCUAGAUGGCAAAUCUUUGCCCAACCAUUAUCGAAUUUGAACUCUCCAAAAGGCAUAUACUUACGUAACCUUAUGUUUGUUUGUUUGUUUGUUGUUUAUUAUUAAUGUUUGUGCUAAUUUCUUGUAAAAUUUACCUAUUUUGAUACUCCGCCGAUUUGAAUACAGCUAUAUGAAUUUAGUUAUUGAUUAGACCA